UGGUCACUUCAGCUCAUCCUCACUGUUCUAGCAGCAAAACUAAACAGCUUGUACAUUUUGUCGUUUGGAGAGGAGACAUGAAAGUAAAGCCGCCGCGUGCUCCAAUCAUGACAAACCAAGAACUGUGCAUGAUAAGCGAAUUCUAUGUAAGGAAUUAUAAUGUUUUCCAUGGAGCACUACCCGGCUCCAGUAAGCAGCCCACAGUGAAGGAAAAGAGAGAGAAGUUGGAAGAGCUUAGCCGAAAUUUAGUCGCGUCCGGUUAUCCAGAGAGAACGGUCAACCAGUUAGAUCAGAGGAUUCGUGAUACUUUGAAAAACGCAAGGAAAUAUGCUGCUUUUGAGAGAUCAGAACACAGUGAAACCGAUGGCGGAGUCCCGACCAAGCUGAUUCCCGCCCAUAUUGACAUUAUCUUGAAAGAACUUGGAGACAAGCUGCGAGUGAAGGCAUCCUCUACUCCCUCAGAAUUUGGUGGUUACGAAGGGGAAGAAUCCGUCAUGAGAGUUUCCUCAUCGACACAUGAUGCGUAUCAAAAGGCCUUGUCCGAUAGUGAAAAUGUCAGAAAGAGAACUUCGACAAGCAAUUCCGAUUUUUGCGAAGAACCUAUCAAAAGAGAGAAGGAAGAGUCUUCCUUUGAUUGCGAAGAGCUGCUUUUACAUGACGAAUUCGAGCCAUAUUUACCUAUACAUGAGGAUGAAGAUGAGGAAGAGGCUACAUGUUCGCAGAAAGAAAUGGAGACGGAGUAUUGGAAAUGGAAAAUAAAAAACGAACAGUUGAAGUCUGAUUUACUAGAGAUUCAAGUGCAAAACGCCCGCAUGGAAGGGGAGAAGUUGCAGUUUCAACUUGAGAACGAAAGGAAGCGUAAUUAUUGUACGUGGUGCACGGGACGGAGUCAAGAUGGAGUGAUCUCUAGAGGAGUCGGUCUGCCGCGUAGUUUAGUAGAUAGAAGAAGACUGCAAUCUACUAUCAGACUGCCGAAGAAGACGACAUAGUGGGAAGGAAGAGUCAAUAAAGAACUUAACAACCUGUUUUGACGUAAAAAAUACAGAAGGCUCUACAAAAAGAUCUACCCAUGUAUAGGAUAGCAUUGAAUCGUGUU